AGCCGGUGAUCGGAUAGGGUCAGGAGGGAACAGGAGGACCCUGGUAGCGCUGCGCGAAUCAUUUUAAAACCCGAACCGUACUACUUCAUUUAUCCAGAUUAUUUCUUGUUUUUUUAGUCAGAUAUUUUUGCAUAAAAAUGUCCAGUCUUCGUGUUAUUGUUGGCUGUAAAAGAGUAAUAGACUAUGCGGUUAAGGUUCGAGUCAAGCCAGAUAAAACUGGUGUUGUGACAGAUGGAGUCAAGCACAGCAUGAAUCCAUUUGAUGAAAUAGCCGUUGAGGAGGCUAUUCGACUCAAGGAAAAAAAUAUUGCUAGUGAAAUUAUUGCAGUCAGUUGUGGGCCUGCAAAAUCAGAGGAAACUUUAAGAACUGCAUUGGCUAUGGGUAUGGACCGUGGUGUACACGUGGUUGUUAAUGAUAAAGAUUAUGAAAAACUACAGCCUUUAGCUGUGGCCAAAUUAUUAGCCAAAGUUGUGGAAGAAGAAAAAGCUGAUCUGAUAAUUCUUGGAAAACAAGCGAUAGACGAUGACUGUAAUCAAACUGGACAGAUUUUAGCAGGACUUUUAGACGCACCCCAGGCCACUUGUGCAUCUGAAGUUGAAGUUCAAGAUGGGCGAGUAAAAGUAAAAAGAGAGAUUGACGGGGGCUUGGAAACGAUCAAUGUUGCAAUCCCAUGUGUUAUAACAUCUGAUUUAAGAUUAAACGAGCCUCGAUUCGCAACUCUUCCGAAUAUAAUGAAAGCAAAGAAAAAGAAGAUAACUAAACUAAAGGCCGAAGACAUGGGAGUUGAUUUAGCACCCAGGGUCGAAAUAUUGGAAACCGUUGAUCCGCCUGUACGAGAAGCUGGUGUUGUUGUAGAAGACGUAGAUGCUUUGCUGAGCAAACUUCGCGAUCAUGGUUUUAUAAAGUAGUUUUUGCAUUGGAUAAAUAAUCUUUUUUUUUUCACUUAAUUCUAAGUUUAAAUUCAUUGUUAGCUAGCGGACAGGACACAAAAUUUUAAAUGUUAUAUUUUUCAAUGUUGAAUGUAAAAAUUAAAAGUAAAUUCUUUAUGAAUUGAAAAAAGAACAACAAUAAUUAUAA